GAAGACACACGGAGAACGACAGUCGGGCAUGAAGACGCAGCUUUGGAGAGGAAAAAAAAAGUUGCAUUUUUAGCAAGCAGAACUCGACCACCAGACAUAAGUUCUCAAGAUGUUAUUCCACAUAGUUAUGUUGGCAUUUUUAGCUCUGAGCGUCAGACCCGGAGAGGCUUUUCCCAAUUACAAAGAUGAUUACAUGGACGAGGACUUGGCCACCUUUGACUAUUAUAAAGGCACGGAGGAUGAUGAGUUUGAGGAGGGCAACAGGACGCGGGAGUGUGAGGAGUGUGUGCCGGAGCUCUGUCCGCCCGCGCUGGGCUGUAGAGCCGGGCUGGUGAUGGAUGUUUGCGGCUGCUGCUCUCAGUGCGCAAACCUGGAGGGCCAGACGUGUGAUCCCGGCCAGAGAAGCGUCUAUUAUGGGCUGUGUGGAGAGGACAUGGAGUGCAGACCGGACAGGUCGGAUGUGGAGGAGCCUGAAGCUCAGUGUGUGUGUUUGUCUCAGGAUCCUCUGUGUGGAUCAGACGGACAGACUUACAUGAAUGUCUGCAAGUAUAAAGAAGCGGCUUAUUUAAAGCCUGGACUUAAUGUGAGCGACGGGCCGUGCAGGACAGAGCCCAUCAUCAAAGUGGCGCCGCAUAAUCUGGUUAAUGUCACAGGCAGCAGUAUAGCGUUUCUCUGCGAGGUGUUUGCAUUUCCUAUGGCGCUCGUGGAGUGGAGGAAAGAGGGGAAAGAGGUUAUUCUACCUGGUGAUGACCCCCACAUAUCUGUACAGUCACGAGGUGGUCCUCAGAAGUAUGAACUUUCCAGUUGGCUGCAGAUCGAAGAGGCUGGUCAAACAGAUUCUGGCACAUACAAGUGCAUCGCUCGAAAUGAGCUUGGCCACGUCUCGGCCACAGCAAUUUUAGGAGUCCUGCCACCAGAUGAGAUGUCUGCCUAUUUGAAGAAAAACAUAAACAAAAUGAUGGCCUAUGACCAACAAGACUAUGACAGAGAUUAUUACUAAACUUUCUGAAGACGCUCCUUAAAAUCAAUGUUUUUUUUUCACUCAUAGACAUUAAAUUUGACAUGAAGACACUCAGGCAUGACUGUUAAAAAGCAUAUAAAAAACCCUCCCCCUGAGCUUUGCUACAUCUGGAUGAUCAAACAUGGAGGCGUCGGGGAAGAAGCUUAAAUAAAUUCCCAAUGGCACAGGGCUCUGAAGCGUAUGAAAAACACACAAAGAGACGAGAGAGGGAGUGUGGAGCUGUUAGAAGCUGUGCGAUUCAGUACAGAGAGCUGCUACUGCAGCUGAAUGUCUCUUUUGUUUCACCAAUGUAUUUCUUCAGAGAGACAAGCUGAAUAACAAAACAUGAAGAACUGUGGAGGAUAGCUGUUUGAAUAUGACAAAUAUGUAUUUUUGAUAAUCUCUUUUCAUAUUAUAAGUGCAGUUUUGAAUAAACAGAAUUUUCAUUUG